AAGCAUUGUGGGUAACAGCAGCCGCUCCCACGUGUCUGCAUUACAAGCAGUAUGGCUGCUUCCUGAGAGCCGGAGAGGCCGCCGGUGACAGGAGCGGAGACUGACCGGGAGGACGGUGUGUCAGGAGAUAAAACCAUUCUACCUGGCACCCUGAAGAACGCAGGCUGUUGGUGUGUCUUCCAUUAGUAUGGAAAAUGAAGAUGACGAUCCAAUUAUACAAGAGAUUGAUCUUUUCCUGGCUAAGAGUUUGGCAGAGAAGCUGUACUUAUUCCAGUACCCAGUCCGGCCUGCAUCGAUGACCUAUGAUGGCGUGCCACACCUGGCAGCAAGAAUAAAGCCAAAGCAACAGAAGGUGGAGAUGGAUAUGGCUAUUAACGCGAUGAGUCCUAAUUAUUGCCGCAGUAAAGGAGAACAGAUUGCCCUAAACGUUGAUGGUACUAGCAAUGAUGAGACCAGUACCUAUUCCUCGAAACUUAUGGACAAACAGACAUUCUCAUCCAUACAAGCUGCAAGUAACUCAAAUCGCUAUGCAGCUGCAUUCUAUAGAAAAGGUGAAAUUCACCUAACGCCUUUGUAUGGGAUUCUUCAAUUACGUCCCAGUUUUACAUAUCUGGAUAAAGCAGACACCAAAUUCAAAGAGCGAGAAGCUGCAAAUGAUGCUGGAGAUUCCUCACAAGAUGAAGGUGAGGAGGACGUAAAGCAAGUUACUGUGCGGUUUUCACGUCCUGAGACUGAGCAGGCCAAACAGAGAAGGGCACAGACCUAUGAGUUCUUGCAGAAAAAACAGGCUGAAGAAUCCUGGGUGCAUCUACAUUACUGUGGGGUCAAGGACAGUCGUUCUGAACACGAAAGGCAGUAUUUGCUUUGUCAGAAUCCAGGCAUGACCGAAAACACUGAGCUGAUAAAGUCACCUAGUGAAUACCUUCAAAUGUUGAUGCCUCCCAGUGUAGAAGAAGAAACAGAGAAGCCUGUUGCACCUAGCAAUGUCUUAUCUAUGGCUCAGCUGAGGACUCUGCCACUGGCUGACCAGAUCAAGAUUCUGAUGAAAAACGUUAAGGUGAUACCUUUUGCAAAUCUCAUGGGCUUAAUGGCAGCAGGAACAGAAUCCAUUACAGUUCUUCGGUGUAUACAGCAGGUGGCGUUGUUGGUCCAAGGGAACUGGGUUGUUAAAAGUGAUGUUUUGUAUCCAAAGGAAUCAUCAAGCCCGCACAGUGGGGUUCCAGCAGAAGUUCUUUGUCGGGGAAGAGAUUAUGUUAUGUGGAAAUUCACUCAGGACCGGUGGGUGGUAAGGAAAGAGGUGGCUGCUGUGACAAAGCUCUGCCAAGAAGAUGUGAAGGAAUUCCUGGAUCAUAUGGCCAGCCCAAAAAUCAACAAAGGCUGGGAGUUCAUGUUGCCUUACGAUGAGGAUUUUAUGAAGAAGCACCCAGACGUGGUUCAAAGGCAGACAAUGCUGUGGAAGGGAAUACAAGCCAAGCUUGAGAAGGUUUUCAGCUUGUCAAAGGAAGGUAUGAUGCCUAAAAAGACCGAUGGAUCUUCAGCUCCAUAUACGGUGAUCUCUGGGGACCAGGUGGUGAACAUGGCAAGAGUCAAGGCCAAGGAGAACCAAGCCAGGUUGGAGAAGGACAUGCAGCGGAAGAGAGAGCAGACCAAGCAGACUUCCCAGGUGGCAGUUGUGGCUGAUGUUAAUAUUAAAGAGGAACCAAUGAGUGAUGAGGAAAGUAUGGACACCUCAACAUAUGACAAUCUGAACAAUGGCUUGGUCAAUGGUGUCCAUAUGACUGAAAAAUCACUUGAAUCACUAAAUGGUCCUGUCUCUAAAGGAGACAAAGAUUCAAUAGCAAAAGAACUGAACGAGUUUGUGGCUUCUACAUUUAAGAAGCAAUAUGUAUUGACUUUGAGUGAACUUAAGCGUUUAUUUAAUCUUCAUUUAGCCAGUCUUCCUCCUGGACACACUCUCUUUAGUGGCAUCUCAGACAAAAUGCUUCAGGAAACGGUUUUAUUCUCUGGCUGUAAACAGAUCACGGUGCCUUUUCCUCCUCAGAGCAAUGCUUCCCCUGAUGAACAGAAGGUGUUUGCCCUGUGGACCAGUGGAGAUGAAUAUGACAAGGAAAGGCAAGCUCUGCUGGAGCUUUUCUCCAAAGGACAUCGUCUGCGUAGGAAUAUGAUCCAGACAAGGCUGAGCCAGGAAUUUGGAGAGGAUCUCACAAAGCAACAGCUGGACAAAGUGCUGAAGGACUGUUGUGUGUGUUACGGAGGUAUGUGGUAUCUUAAGGGAACAGUACAGUCCUGAUGGCUCCAGAACCCUCGCAGUUCAUGAACACAGUGGCCUGAGUAUAGACUGUAGCUAUACUGCUCCAGCACCAUCACACAACCGUUGCCAAAGGGACAUGAUGCAGUUAGCUGCAUGGCCUGCGGGGAGCAGUGUUCCAAGGAAGGAUGCUGCUCUGUUGGAAUAUUUAAUUUUGGCCUUUAAAUCUUUUUGUUCUGUAACCUCAAUAAAUAAUCAGAAAUAUACCCACCAAGUGGAAGAGACGAUGGAUGAAUUUUGGGUUCAUAGUGCCAACAUACAUAGGUAUAUUUUGGAUAACAAAGAUUCUUGUCUUUAAAAGCAAACCCAUAUCUGCAAGUACAGUACAUUUAGUCUAAGGGACCUAUUCACACUAUGCAUUGUGUUUAUUGCAUUUUCAUGCAUUAGGGCAGCCAGUUUGGUUCUGGACUGCACCUUAACACAUGAAAAAAAUGCAUCAGCGGAAUUUUUGGUUGGCAGUUAUUGUACAGGUGCGUUGGGGUGCUAUUCCUAUUAAAUGGCUCCACAACACACAUUGGAUUGCGAGGUACAUUGCCCACAUGCAUUAGUGUAAAAGGACCCUUUAAGAUCUGUCCUAAAAAGACUUAUCCAGUUUUUUCUACAUCAGAUACAGAUUGGCUGCACUAGUUUUCUCACAGUGAUCUGUCUUAUUCAUGGUAGAGGUUGCCCUUUUAUGAAAUGAAACGCAAUGAUUUGUAUCUUAAGAAAGCAUUGGUGCCAGCAAGCAUAGUGAUCCAGUGUAAUUACUGACGUUGGUAUAUGUAGGAGGAAGAGAUUCAAUAAAAGUAAACCUGGCCUAACAGAUAAGGGGA